CUAAAUUUUCAGAUCUGGGCUUCUAUUUGACGUAAUAUUCUUAGAUUUUGUUUCAAGUGUAAAAUUAAUUAUUAUUUUCAUAAACAAAAACAAAACUCUUAAUAUGAUGGGAGCUAAAUUCCCUCCCUGUUCAACGAUAACAGGAAAAGUAACUUGUUGCGUACCAAACUGUGAUAGUCGAACAGAUAAAAAUUUAGAAUUAAGAUUUCACAAGUUUCCACCAGAAAAUAAGUAUUUUGUAAAAUUCAAAAAUGAUUUAGGUAUUUUUGAAAAAACUGAUGCGUUUGAUGCAUGGAAAAAAGUAUUAAAAAUGGAAAAUGUAAUUCCUAGUAUGAAAGUUUGCUCACUUCAUUUUCAAAUGGACGAUUAUUUAUUACCACGCUUUCCUUAUACUGAAACUAGAAGAAGAGUUUUGAAGAGAACAGCAGUACCAUCUUGUAACUUACCAAUAAUUUCACAGUCGGAAGAAGCUGAAUUACGAAAAAAUAAAAAAGAUUCAACAAAACAAGAAAUAAAAGUUGACGAAGACGAAAUUAUUUAUGAAGAAUUCUUGGAGGAUGAAGAAUACUUGAUUGAUCAUGGAGAAAUAGGUGAUAUACGACCCGAAUCAUCUACUAAACAUUUGAUGCACGAUGCUCAGGUUCAAGUAGAUUUAGGUUUUACAAAAAAUAAUUUUUCUAAUUUUAUCACCUCUAACGAUGAGCUUAAAAUUUCCACUGGAAUUGAAUCUUUUGAAGUUUUACAAACUAUUGUGCACAUUGUUGAAAUAAAAUAUGGUGAUAAACUAAAGCCUCGUGAUGUGGAGAUGAGUAUCUGCGAUAGAAUAAUAAUGACAUAUGUUAAAUUGAAACAGAAUUUAUCUUAUAGUUUUCUAGCUGUUUUAUUUAAGUGCCAGUCAGAGAAAGACUGCCAACGAAUCUUCUCGGAAAUGAUAAAAAUAUUGCGUAAAUGUUUAAACGUAGUUAUAAAAUGGCCUUCUAAAGAAUCAAUUUCUAAAAAUUUGCCUAAAUGUUUUGAAAAGUAUAGAGAUGUUCGAGUUCUUCUUGACUGUAUAGAAAUUCAUAUUCAGCAGCCUGAUAAUGCAUUUAAUCAGAUGAUUACUCAUUCUACUCCUGAAGAAUCGAGAAACUGUAAAUUUAUGAUCGGAGUAACACCAGCAGAAAAUAUUUGCUAUAUUAGUAGAGCUUAUGAAGGAUGUACAAGUGAUGAGACCAUAUUUGCAAACAGUGAUAUAAUGACUUUGUUGGAACGAGGUGAUGCUAUUAUAGGCAAGAGCGAUUUUAACAUUGAUAAUAUUUGUGAAUUAAAUGGUUGGAAGUGUUAUCGACCAACGCUUUCAGAAAAAGCUCCAAAAUUUAAUGGUUCAUCAACGUGUGAUAUUAAUAAAGCAAGAGUUCAUGUUGAACGAUCAAUUCAACGAAUAAAAGACUUUAAAAUCGUAGAAAAGGCAAUAUCAAGUUAUCUUAUUCCACUUAUAAAAGAUAUGUUUAUGGUUAUUUGUGCAACAGUUAAUUUAAAUUCUCCAUAUAUUAAAAAAGAUGAAUUUAUGGAAACUACAGAAGUAUAAUUUAUAAUGCUAAGUGUAAUUAUUAUUUAAUUAUUUUAAUUAAUG